AUGGCGUCUCCCGGCUUGUCGGUGGUUCUGUUUCCAGUGGUUUUGGCGGGUUUAGUUGUUUGUGGUGUGACGGACUGUGUGUUUCCGGGUCUAGUCGUUGUCUCCGUGGUCCUGGCUCUCUGUUGGCGGAGCUUACGGCGGAGGGACGACGGGACGGAGCGCCGGGUCUGCGUGCUGGUCCUGGGGGACAUCGGACGCAGUCCUCGGAUGCAGUAUCACGCCCUGUCCCUGAGCAGACACGGAUACCUGGUCACCUUUGUGGGCUUUUCAGACACCACACCUCACAGGGACGUCCUGAGCCAGGAGAAUAUUCGGAUUCGGCCCAUCUCUGAAGUCAAAGGUGUUGAAGGAGGACCGAAGCUGCUGACGUAUGUGACGAAGGCGGCGCUCCAAUCUCUGCAGCUUCUCCACGUUCUGCUCACCAUGGAGCUGCAGGCUCAUAUCCUCAUGCAGAACCCUCCGGGGCUGCCUGGCAUGGCGGUGGCAUGGCUGGUGAGCGCGGUGCGCGGCAGCAGCUUCACCGUCGAUUGGCACAACUACGGCUUCACCAUCAUGGCCCUGAGCCUCGGAACCAAGCACCCUGUGGUCCGACUAGCCAAGUGGUAUGAGCGUGUCUUCGGGUCUCUGUCCUCCAACAACCUGUGCGUCACCGAGGCCAUGAGGGAUGACCUGAAGACCAACUGGGCCAUCAGCGCCACAACUCUGUACGACCGGCCCGCCUCCAUCUUCAGAGAGACUCCUCUGGACCUGCAGCACCAGCUCUUCACCAGACUCGCCCAGACCCACCCACAGUUCCAGAACUCAGGGUCCGAGGAGACGGACGCAGAGACCACCAUCUUCACCAUCCGUGACCCACGGGACGGUUCUGUGUCUCUGAGGUCGGACCGACCGGCACUGCUCGUCAGCAGCACCAGCUGGACGGAAGAUGAAGACUUCUCCGUCCUGCUGAAGGCUUUGGAAGAGUACGACAGGCUCGCCGGAGGAAGAGGAGGAGCUUCUUUACCUCCGUUGUUCUGCGUAAUCACAGGUAAGGGUCCUCAGAAGGGACACUACAAGACGCUGAUAGACGCCCUGCAGCUGCAGCACGUCAGGAUCUGCACGCCGUGGCUCCACGCCGAGGACUACCCUCUCCUGUUGGGUGCUGCAGACCUGGGAGUCUGUCUCCACGUGUCCUCCAGUGGUUUGGACCUGCCCAUGAAGGUGGUGGACAUGUUCGGCUGCUGUCUCCCUGUCUGCGCCGUCAGCUUCCGCUGUUUACCUGAGCUGGUGAAGCACGAAGAGAACGGUCUGAUCUUCAGGGACGCUGCAGAGCUCGCUGUGCAGCUCCAGACUCUGCUGGUGAACUUUCCCAGUCCAGACGGUCAGCUGGGAGCCUUCAGGAGGAACCUCCGGACCAGCAGGGGCCAGUCCUGGGAUGACAACUGGGACCAGAAGGUCCUCCCUCUGAUGUGCGCUCAGAGAUGA